AUGUCGCAAUAUUAUAACAUUGAUGAUAUCUUAGCAGAAGAAGAGCUUGUCCCUGCUGUAUUUCAAGUGGCUGCAAAUGUUCGGCUGUUUGAUUCUAGUGAUGAUUCAAAUAAGGUAGAACCAGGUUCAAAGGUGGAGCUGCCUUUUUGGCUUGCUUGUGAAUUACACUUGAGACAAGCAGUGUCCAUUAAUCUUCCCACUUGUUUCAAUCAAAAAACAAGGGAGGAACUUGCUGCUGAUGCUGCGCAUGUGAAUCUAAAGAAUCGAUGCCCGUACUUCUAUGAGCUAGGGCAGAAGUUACUCUCAUUAGUUGGUGAUAGGACCAUUGGGCCCUUGCUCUUAGCUACAUUUCAGAAGAGGUACAAGGAAGUGCUGAUCAAAGCGCAGACUGUAGCAUUGGCUGUGGCUCCAAAAUUCUUGACACUUCUAACAAGAGAAGAAAUCAAAUUGUAUGAGGUUGCCCAGUCUUCAAUGGCUGCAUUUAAGAAGUGGCGGGUGGGUGGACCGAGGUUCCAGAAAGCAUAUGUUAUUGGGAAAAAGAGGAAACCAUUGGAUUAG